AGGAAAAAGAAGACCUCCGCUCCUGCUUCAUCCACCAUCUGGGAAGAAUUGGCGUGGGUGCCGAUGAAGGAAGACUGGGACCCGCAAGGAGUCAAAGUGGAAGCAGUGGAGAGAGGUGAUUCCGGGAAACUGAUCGCCUACAUACGCUUCAAGAACGGUGAGCAGCUAUGUGUUGGUAUGGAUAAGGUAUCUGUACAUCGACACUGUCCUAGGCCAAUGCUGAGAUUCUUCGGAAAGCAUCACCGAAUCCCU